AUGAAUUCUCUCUCCACAUCUUCCACAGUUUCUUCUUCUUCAGCUUCACCCACUUCCUGGUUUUCCAGCAUUGUUAGGGGCCGUCAAGACAGGUCCUCCUCCGUCAAAAUGGCAGGAAGCUCCUCCUCAGGUAGCGGCGUCGCCGCCGAUUGCGAAGGACCCAUCAAGGGCAAGAACCAGUUCCGUGGUGUGCUCUUCAAGUAUGGGCCUAAGCCCAUUCAGGUUGCAUUCAAAACAGGUGACUAUAAGCAACAAGUUAUUUUCAUUGGUGGACUAACAGAUGGAUUUCUAGCGACUGAAUAUUUGGAACCUCUUGCAAUUGCUUUGGAUAAUGAGAAAUGGUCACUAGUUCAACUACUUAUGUCAUCUUCAUAUACUGGAUAUGGCACCUCCAGCUUGCAACAAGAUGCCAUGGAGAUAGAUCAGCUUAUCAGUUAUCUAAUCAACAAAGAAAAUUCUGAGGGUGUGGUCCUACUUGGUCAUAGUACUGGCUGUCAGGAUAUUGUGCAUUACAUGCGUACAAAUGCAGCUUGUUCCCGAGCAGUCCGUGCUGCCAUUUUGCAGGCUCCGGUUAGUGAUCGAGAAUACAGAGCAACUCUUCCUGAAACGGCUACUAUGAUUGACUUGGCUUCAAGCAUGAUAAAGGAAGGUCGGGGUUCAGACUUAAUGCCCAAGGAAGCUGAUCCAUCUUCGCCUAUAACUGCCUAUAGAUAUAACUCCCUUUGUGCCUACAUGGGGGAUGAUGACAUGUUCAGUUCCGACCUCAAUGAUGACCAGCUAAGAAUGAGACUUGGACACAUGGCUAACACCCCUUGCCAGGUUAUCUAUUCCAUGGCUGAUGAAUAUGUGCCUGAGUAUGUUGAUAAGAAAGCAUUGGUUGAAAGAUUGUGCAGAGCUAUGGGUGGUGCGGAGAAAGUUGAAAUUGAAUACGGGAAUCACUCCCUCUCUAACCGAGUCCAUGAAGCUGUGCAGGCCAUUAUUAGCUUUGUUAAAAGAGAAGGACCCAAUGGCUGGGAUGAUCCAUGGAGCUAAUGCUCUGAUACUUCAUACUCUGAUUAUCUCUUUUUAUUCUUUUUUGUUACUAUCUCUUCUCUCUAUUAAUUCAUCUUUUUCAUUUUUUAAUAUUCAUGCUCUUUAAUUUUGAUGUUUUUGUCAUAUCAUAUACAACAAAGGCUGUGUGAAUUUCGUCCCAAGGCUAGUCUGAAUGAAUUUUUAUCCUUUGGAUUGA